AUGAAUUAGCAAAAGCAACCAUUGGAUCCAGAAACUGCUGUUUUGAAUAUUUCUUUAAAGAAAUCACCAGGUCAAUUUAUCUUCUUAUCGAAAAUCUUCUUGAAAAAAUUUGGAAAAGUUGAUUUACAUGGAUUGGGAGAAGCAACAAAGACUGUAGCUUAAGUUGCUGAGACUCUUCAAAGAAAGCAAUACGUGACAAUAAAGAAAAUUGAGACUUAAACUUAUACUCCAGAGCAAGGUGGUAAAAAAAUAAAAUUGAUUGCAUAAUUGGAAGUGACAGAAGAAGGAAAGUAGAUGAUUGAGCAAGAUUUGUAAAGGAAUAAAUCUGAUUGGUGAUUAUGAAUCAUAUAUUUUCGUACAAAGUGGAAAGAGUUUUAUUAAUAGAUAAA